CGGUUUCUCCAUAGUUACAAUGACAAAACAAGUCAGUUCAACUCCAGGCAGGCGCAGGGAUGAUUGCAGCUGCUGAGCCGCAGCACAGAAACUUGUGCUGCCGAGUCCUGUUCACGCAGGGGAAGGAGGAGGACCGGCACUGAGCAGAUUUUUAAGUUGGAGAGGUGGUGAGGGGAGAGAAGAAGAACCCUGUGAAAAGGUGGAUGUGUUUCUUGGGUGCUGGGGAAGCAACACGUGACAGCUUGCACAUUCGUACCCUCUCAGCAUGGACCGGGACAGUCACAGCGAGGACACCCUGUCCACCAUGGUUCUGGAGAACAUUAAAAACAAACUGAUUCAUGCCUUCAGAGCAACAGGGGGGUCCAGAGAAGAACCUCAGGACUCUGGAUCCACUGUCAGACCGCUCAGCAUCGGCCGCAGCCUCCAGGCCAACGAAGAGCUCAGGAGGGCGCAGAUUGAUGGAGCCAUAACCUGGCUGAGGUCUGAACUGCUGGAAAUGCGCUCUCAGGACCUCCAGCUGGCUCAGACACUGCUCGGGCUCAACACGGAGAUCCAAAGACUGAGGAGGGAGAGUUUCGGAGGUGUGGAAGUAGAGGGGGAGGAUCAGCAGUAGCCAGCCUCGGGCAGAGAGCCCCUUCUCUGGGGUAGAAAAGUGCUCUUACUGCAAACCAUGAUGCAGCUGAUAUUUCAAAAAUUCAAAUGUAAAAUAUAUAAAAAUGAACAUGUUUGAGAUUAUGGCUAAGAAAAUGUGUCAUGGUGUAAAAUAGAGAUUUGCAUCCAAAAUAACCUGGAUAACGGAAUAAGAUGUUUGAUUUAGAUUGUUAUAAAGAUAGCACAGUCAGAAAACCAGAAGUUUUUGAAUGUAAAGAUGGAAUCAAGAAAAGUUUUAUGUUGGCAUGUUUUUGUAAUUUUGCAAAAAAAUAAAACGUCAACG